UGUGCCUCAAGCAUGUACUGGGGUCAGCGUCGAAAUGACAUCACAUCUAUAUGCCAUCACUAAACUACACACACUUAGAGAGACUAAAUAGAGUGCACCACGUUGUUAUAUCAUGAUAAGCGUCAUAAGUUACGGGCCUUUCUUCCUCGGGCAAUGCUCGGCAGACCAGAAUAUACAUUGUACAGCUGAGCAUUCUAUGUAAUAUAAGACAACAAUUCUGCCCAUCGUGAAUCCAACAUAUUAAAUCUGCAAAAUAUCGAUAUAUUGAUAUAUCCAGCCUUCAGAGUCACUCAACUGGCCCGCUAUUCCUCUGAACUUUACUUGGUUGGUAGUCACGACUGAUCAAUUGAUAACUCGAGAAUACAUUGAUGUAACAAUGUGUAUUGCUCUUAUCUCGACGGCUCACCCUUCUUACCCACUCAUAAUAAUUGAUAAUCGAGAUGAAUACCUCCACCGCCCAACCGCUCCCGCGGGAUGGUGGCAAGAGCCCAACAACCAUGUCCUAGGCUCCCGUGACCUCGCUCGCCCAGAGCAAGGCACAUGGAUGGGUGUGACCAAACAAGGCCGAGUCGCUGUUCUCACCAACUACCGUGAGAACGUGCCGAUAGGCACGGUCAGCCGCGGCGCCAUUGUCAAUGCCUUCUUAACAGAACCCCCCGCCACAUCAUCAUCACCACCACCGCGUAGUACACGCCAGUUCGUCGUUGACACAAUCGAAAACCAAGUCACCAAAAAGGCCGGCGGAUUCAGUCUCGUCUGUGGGAAGCUCGACGAGCCGCUGGCAAUCAUUUCAAACCGCAUGUCCGACGACGUCGACCGUGUGACCUGGAUUGCGAAGGAGAAGGGGGAGACGGUAGGAUUGAGUAACACCUUCUUCUCAGACCGCACAUGGCCGAAGAUCAUCAAUGGGGAGAAACUCAUGAAAAACGCCAUCGCCGCACAUGUGCAAGCCGCAGAAAAAAAUGCGGAGGGGGAAGAAGACCUGAUACGCAGGUUAUUCGAAGUACUUAGUACUGAUACCCUGCCACGGUUGAACUGCGAGCCCGUUAAGGACGAGUACCAGCAACUCCUCAAACAAUCCAUUUUCAUUCCUCUGCUGGGUGAUCGCGCCAAGUUUGAGGCUGAGAUGAAGAGUCUGGAGAAAUUGGGACUGGCUGGGUAUGUAGCUGGAUUGUAUGGAACGCAGAAGCAGACUAUACUGCUUGUCGACCCGCACGGGCGUGUGAAGUACGUGGAGAGGACGCUUUAUGAUCAAUACAUACAGCCGAUUCCAUUGGGAACGGGUGAUUUGGUGUUUGAAUUCAACAUAGAAAAAUGAGUAGAUACGAAUUCAUUUAAUUAAUU